UGUUUGGGGAUGGCCAGUUGUAGUUCUGAAAACUGUUAGCUAACGGUGUUAUUCACGGGAGCUGGAGUCGCUUUGGUAGAAUCAUAUUCUCAAGUCGGCUCCGCUGACAAAUCACACCUGCAGAUGGUUCACAUUCAACUCUGGCAGUGAGUUUUGUCAAAGGGAGCAACACUGGUUCUGAUUCCUCCAACACAGCUAGCAUUAGCUGGCGGAUCCCACUUCGUAGCUAGGUGAGUUAGUUGCUAAGCAGUGAUGGAGUGGCUGGGCAACGUAGCUUCAAAUCAACCUCACGAAGAGUCAAGCUGUGACGAGGCUUCAAGGGACCUCAGUGGUGUUUAUCCUCAGCAGCAGCAGUCGCCAUCGUUGCUCCGCUGUGAUUGUGCCAUGGCGUCUCUGUGCCAGAGCCAGCAGCGCUGCGUGAAGGCCUCCAUCGUCUCCAGCUGGAGACUGGCUGAAGCUCAGGAUCAGCUGUGUUCUCUCGGCGUCCACAGCUCCGAGUCCCUGGAGCAGGAACGUGCUCGCACUCGGGUGUGCGCCACAGAACUCACGCACACUGUGGAGGAGUGGCGCCGCAAGGAGAGCAUGCUGGGAGGUCCAGAACCCAGCCGGAGUCCCGUGCUUGGAGCUGUGAGCAGUUGGGAUGUUUUUAAUAAGAGUAUCAUCAAUGUCCCAAACCAGCCAGUAGAAAUGGAUCAAGACAAGUGCAAGACGUUUCUCCAGAAGUAUGAGCAAGAGCUCAGGCACUUCGGAAUGUUGCGGCGAUGGGACGACAGUCAGCGGUUCCUCGCUGAAAUGCCGCAGCUCAUCUGCGAGGAAACGGCAAACUACCUAGUCCUGUGGUGCAUGAGACUUCAGCAAGAAGGGAAAGAAGCGCUGAUGGAGCAGGUUGCACACCAAGCUGUAGUCAUGCAAUUCAUCCUAGAGAUGGCUUCAAACUCUCAGCAGGAUCCUCGAGGCUGCUUCAGACAGUUCUUCCACAAAGCCAAAGACGGACAAGACGUCUACUUAGAAGUCUUCCAGACGGAGCUUGAGGCCUUCAAACACAGAGUGAGAGAAUAUGCACUCAAGUGCAGAGAUGACACACACAACAACAUAGAAGAACACAACACUGGCACAAACUGCAGACUGGACCCCAAAGAAGCCCUGGACUCUUUACCUCCAGUAAGUGCUCUUUCUCUCCUUUUGUUUUUUUUCCACAAGGAUAUUGAGAUUCUUCUGUUAUUGCAGUUUACCCACAUAGCUGUAGGGGGCAUCAUUGAGCCAGUGAAUAUCAGUUCUCUAAUAUGUAGAACUCUUAAAGCUCAUCAAUACUUGAAUCCUGGAUUUGGAGGCAAACGCAGUCAUGGUGAGAUUAUUUACUCGGAAAAGGGAAAAUGUGUCUGAUUGAUCAGGACAUCCUCUUUGCCACAUUACUCACUGGAAAUGUCAUUCUGAAAACCUUAACUUCUGUCACAGUAUUGGGAUG